UAUUUCUUGUCGGGGGUAGAGAAUAUCGCGGGAGGGGAAUAUGAUCCGCAUAUCCAAAAGAAUAGAUAUAUUUAUUGGCUAGGAAACAUAGUGAAUAGUAUUUUCAACAGCUUACAAAGUACAUACGACCACAGGGUGUGGAAAACAGGGCUUCCCGUCCGCUCAGCCGUACUUAAGCCACACGCCGGUGAGUUAGUAGUUGGGUGGGUGACCACCAGCGAAUCCUCACUGUUGUAUGUUUUUGCUUUUGCUUUUUUGUCCUAUUCUUUGUUACGGAAGGGUAGGGAUGUUAAAAAUCAGUCAUGUAAGCGCCAAGAACUGGUGUGGAAAAUAGGGCUUCCCGUCCGCUCAGCCGUACUCAAGCCACACGCCGGUGAGUUAGUAGUUGGGUGGGUGACCACCAGCGAAUCCUCACUGUUUGCAAUGGACCAAUGUAUUGUCGUCUAUGUCCAUAAUGCCGCUUGGUAA